AUGUUUCUCCCAUUAUCUUGUUUGCAGGACGUCUGGCAUCAUAUACAUUCCCUACUGCCAAUGAGAGAGGCUGCCCGAGCUAGCUGCUUGUCUCAUGCAUUUCAAUAUUUCUGGAGAUGCUACCCCAACCUCACCUUUUGUAGGAGUACAAUGGGCCCGAAUGAACCAAAAUUUCCUUUUCACCCGAACUGGAAAGAUGGACAGAAUUUUGUUCUCGUCAACAGAACUGACCAAAUUAUGAAAAACCAUUUGGGCACUGGAAUUAAGACAUUCACGUUUCAGUACUAUGGUUCUUGCUUCGACACCAGUAAGCUCGACACCAGUAAGCUUGACAGUUGGCUUCAGAUUGCUGUUACUUCAGGGGUUGAAGAACUCAAGAUUUCACUCUCUCUAGGAUACAAGUCAGAGCACUACAACUUCCCAUGCAUGCUUUUAUUCUCUAGGAGUGGAGGAAACUCGAUUCGGAGUCUUCACCUCAAGGGAUGCGCCUUCCGUCCCAUGUCUGGACUUGGUUGCUUGACAAGGCUUCAUCUGUAUUCGGUGCAUAUUAUGGAGGAUGAGUUAGGGUGCCUUCUUUCCUAUUCUUUUGCUUUGGAGGAACUGGAUCUCAUGAACUGCAGUGACAUCAUUCGCCUCAAGAUACCUUGCCUGCUACACCGGCUCAGCAAGCUGGCGGUGGUGUCUGAUUGCAGGGAACUGAAAGUUAUAGAGAAUAAAGCUCCAAAUCUCCGCACUGUUUCUAUCGAAAGUGACAUAGUACACCAUUCUAUUGGAGAUUCAUUGCGAGUGAAGGACCUUGAAAUGUUCUGCUUCUCUGAGUUUAACCUCAUUCAUCAUACUUGUGCCAAGCUUCCAGCAUGUAUGCCAAAUCUUGAAACUCUCAGCAUUCAUUCGACUGGUGAGGUAUAUUCCGAAACUUCUUGA